AUGGCCUUAAUUGGGAAGUCAUUGUAUGACACAAAUGGGGAACUACUCCAUGAUGGGAAGUAUGGCAUAUUCCCAUUCACAGAGAAAGAGUUAGCAAAGAAAUCAAGCAAAAACAAAGCAGCAGGCACAUUGGUAACCAAGGCACUCCAGAAUGUGAACAGAGAGGUUAUUUGGGAGAUGUUGCUCACAAAGGUCAUACCAGCAAUUCAAUCUAAAUGGCCAGAAAGUCUCCCAAAAAAUGUUAUCAUUCAAUGGGACAAUGCAAGGCCUCACCAAGUGCCUAAGGAUGAAGAGUUUAUUGCAAACAAUAGCAAAUGGGUUCAAUAUUCAACUUGCUUAUUUAGGUCAAUUCAGUCUUUGCAAUAUCAAUCUUUCCCUAAGAACCUAGAUGAGCUUGUGGACAAAGUGAUUGAGUCUUACAACACAUUCAAGCCUCAAGUGAACAAGUACAUUUGGGUGACUUUGCAAAAGUGUAUGAUCAAAAUUCUCAAGGCACAGGGAGGGAACAAGUACAAAAUACCACACAUGAACAAAAAGAAGCUUGAAAAUCUGGGCAUUCUACCAGAACAAGUACAAGUGAGGAAGGAAGUUGUUGUGGAAGCUGUGGAGUACCUAAACACAAUGUUUAGGCCAGCAAAUCAAGGUAGUCAGGAUGCGGCAGAGAAUAUGGAGGUAGAUGCAGAUUAG